AAAAUUUGAAAUGUUUUCUGUAUCGCAAACAGUAUCGUGAAAGCUCUGACGUUAAGGUUGUUGUUGGUGUUCGUGUGUUGAUAACAAAAACAUUUUAUUCGUUGUUAAGUGUGGACAGCAAUUGUGUGUCUUCAAAUGAUGUCCGCAAUGAGUUCAAUGUCAAAUGUGGAGAAUUUAUCACCACAGAUAAUAAGACGUGUUGCCAAGGAGAUUCAUGAUUUAGCUAAUGACCCUCCAGAAGGAAUAAGAGUUAAUAUUAAUGAUGAAGAUGUAACUGACAUCCAAGCAUACAUUGAAGGCCCAGCUGGUACACCAUAUGCUGGUGGUGUGUUCCGUGUGAAGCUUGCUCUUGGGAAAGAUUUCCCACAAGCACCGCCAAAGGCUUUCUUUCUCACAAAGAUAUUUCAUCCAAAUGUUGCGAAAAAUGGAGAAAUAUGUGUGAAUACAUUGAAGAAGGACUGGAAGCCAGACCUUGGAAUAAAGCACAUAUUGUUGACAGUGAAAUGCUUGCUGAUUGUGCCAAAUGCAGAAUCUGCACUUAAUGAAGAAGCAGGGAAAUUGCUGCUUGAACAAUAUGAAUGUUACUCCCAGAGAGCAAAAAUGAUGACUGAAAUUCAUGCUUUGUCAUCGAAGAUGCCUAAACCUGGUCUGGAAGUUGGUGCCUCUUCCGGCGAUGGACCAAUGGCAAAGAAACAUGCAGGAGACAAAAAAGUGGCUGAAAAAAAGAAGCUGCUGAAAGAUAAGAAGAGAACUUUGAAAAGGUUGUGAAAUUAUUUUGCAAGAUGUAUGAUCUCACCACUUCAUCCUGAAAUCAGAAAUGAAAGUGGAUUGCAAUUUUGUACGUGUGUUGUCAACAAAGGAUUGUGUACUGACACUAAAAGCUCUAGACUGUCAUACUUCUAUGGCAAAGUAAUCAGUCAGUCCUGUUAAAAUGAUUUCUCGUGUGCAAGUGUCAUCACCAUCACCCCUCCCCAAAAUAAAAACUUUUUCCUUGACUGUAAGCUCUAUCAAAUGUUAGUUGUUUGGCAACCCAGUUGUUUAGUGGCUUAGUGUAAAGUCCUUAUUUAUGUAUACAAAUUGUCUUGUAAAAUGUCGGUUCAGUGUAAAAUUUUAACAAUAAUUUUCUGAUGCCAAAUUUUGAUACUGUCGUAAAAUUUCUGUUUUGCAUACACUGAUUGCACAAAAUCUGAAACAAUGAAGCUUUGAAAAAAAAUAAGCAUUUUAAUGCAUCACAACUACAUGUUUUGCAGGUGUGAAUAAGUAUUGAAAUGCUGUACUAGCUUUCUUUACUUCACUUAUUUAAUUACGUAUGUUGUUCCUUCAUUUGUUUGUGCUUGUGGUUUUGUACAUAUGUUGUAUUAGUUUGCACAGAAUAAUGUAACUAGAAUGUAAAUAAUGUGACUUGUAGUCUUAUGCAUUCUAAAGGUAUUACCUGCAUGAAAGAGACCGUAAAAUCAUUGUUACUCAUGUUUCCCCACAUCAACCACUGUCAUGCCAUCUUCUCAAUUUUAUCAUUAUAGCAUAUCUGUGGGAGCACCCUUGGUUUGCCACUAAGAUUUUAAGUAAAGAUUUUGAAUUAAGUCUGA